AUGUUCUUCAUUCGUGAACUCACCCACACGAUUCUCCUUCACCCGUCCUACUUCGGAGCCCAACUCGAGGACUACUUGAAGCUGAAGCUUUACGAGGACGUCGAGGGAACAUGCAGCGGUAAACAUGGUUACAUCAUCUCUGUCGUCAAUGUUACGGACAUUGGUGAGGGCAAGAUCAUGCCUUCGACGGGACAGGCGCGCUUCAAGUGCAGCUACACCGCGAUUGUGAUGAAGCCGUUCAAGGGCGAGGUCGUCGACGGCAAGGUCAGCAACGUCAACAAGAUGGGCUUCUUUGCGCACGUCGGACCCCUGCAGGUCUUCGUGUCGUCACAUCUUGUCCACGCCGACAUGAAGUUUGACCCGAACGCGAGCCCGCCGUGCUACCGGUCAGCGGACGAGACGAUCCAGGCCGGAAGCCGUGUGCGCAUGGAGAUUGUGGGCUGCCGUAUAGAGGCGAACGACAUCUUCGCGAUCGGAACAAUCAAGAAGGACUAUCUGGGUCAGAUCCAGGAUUAG